UGUCGCUAUGCACCUACAAUAGAUUUUAACGUAAUAUAAUCGUCAGUCUAUCCACCCACCACCCCUUGACAAUAGCAGAAGGCAGACAAAUCCGGAGAUUCGUUGAAAAGCGGAGGGCUUCCUUUCCAUAGAUAUAAUACAUUCAUUUUGUGGGUUGUAAGAAAUACCGAGCCUAUUGAUUCUAUCGUAAAUUGCUCUGGAUACCAGGAUGGAAAACCAAGGGAUUUUAUUUUUUGUCUUUUUAUUGUAUGCACUGCAUUACGUUCAUGGCGACCUGAGCUAUUCAGUCCAAGAGGAGAUGAAGCGUGGAUCUGUAAUCGGGAAUAUCGCCAAGGAUCUGGGACUUAGAUUGGACAUAUUAUCUGCUAGAAAGGCUCGCAUUGAAACCGAGGAAAACCAACGGAGGUAUUGUGAAGUCAAUCUAAAGAGAGGAGAGCUAAUUGUUUCAGAGAGAAUCGACCGAGAGGAACAAUGCGGAGAAAAGCCGUCGUGUGUUCUUAAAUUCGAGCUCCUUUUGGAAUCUCCAUUAGAAUUACACCGUGUAUCACUGCAGAUACAAGACAUAAACGACAAUGCACCGAGUUUCCCGACGGAUAUUAUCAAGCUGGAAAUCAGUGAAUCUGCUGCCAAAGGAGCUCGGUAUCGCGUUAAUGCGGCUCACGAUUCAGAUGUAGGCCAAAAUGCUAUACAAAGUUACACUCUUCAACGGAAUAACCACUUUAUUUUGAAUUUACAAACUACAAGUGCCGGUAGUAAAUAUGGCGAAUUGGUUUUAGAAAAGGAGUUAGACAGAGAGGAGCAGCAGCAAAUACGAUUAUUGCUCACGGCUCUAGAUGGUGGUACUCCUCAGAGAUCAGGCACAGUAGUCAUAGACGUCACUGUGUUGGACGCUAAUGAUAACGCCCCAGUGUUUAGUCAGGCCGUGUAUGAGGCCAGACUUCCGGAAAACUCUCCGUUGAAAACCCAUGUGAUUACGGUGAGCGCUACUGACGCAGACGAGGGCGUUAAUGGGGACGUUACAUAUGAACUUAGCCGAAUGUCAGAUAAAUCACGGAACAUGUUUUCACUUGAUGGUCAGACUGGGGAGAUAUUUGUUGCAGGAAACAUUGACUUUGAAGAGGAUUCAAAAUAUGAAAUGUUUGUUGAGGCCAAAGAUGGAUAUGGACUUUCAUCAGAUUCAAAGGUGAUAAUAAGUAUUACGGAUAUAAAUGACAACGCCCCGGUCAUAGUGUUGAAAUCCUUGACCGCUCCAAUACCAGAGAACGUGCCACCUGGUACAGAAGUAGGCCUUAUUAACGUGCAGGACAGAGAUUCAGAGAAAAACAAACAAGUCCGUUGCUACAUUCAACAAAUGGUUCCUUUCAAACUGAUUCCCUCAAUCAAAAACUAUUAUUCUUUAGUGACCACGGAUAAACUAGACCGUGAAGAUGUUACUGAUUACAACAUUACAAUAACUGCUUCCGACACCGGUUCACCGCCGCUGUCAUCUUUGAAAACAAUUCAGGUCUCUGUGGCUGAUGUAAACGACAACCAACCUGUGUUUGAGGAACAGUCGUAUAGCAGCUAUGUCCCUGAGAACAACAAACCGGGCCACAGCCUGUGUUCUGUUAAGGCCCAUGACCCAGACUGGAGACAAAACGGUACAGUGAUCUAUUCUCUUUUACCUGGUGAAGUCAACGGUGCUCCAGUCUCCUCUUAUCUAUCUGUUAAUGGAGACACCGGAGUGAUCCAAAGUGUCAGGUCGUUUGAUUAUGAACAGUUUAGGAGCUUUAAAGUCUAUGUUAUGGCACGAGACAAUGGUUCUCCUUCGCUCAGCAGCAACGUGACUGUGAGUGUCUUCAUAACGGAUGUAAAUGACAACACUCCUCAGAUACUUUACCCCGCCCCGGAGGGAAACUCCCUCAUGACUGAACUGGUACCCAAAACUGCACAAGGAGGUUCUCUGGUUUCCAAGGUAAUAGCAGUUGAUGGGGACUCUGGACAGAACGCCUGGCUGUCCUAUCAGAUCAUUAUGUCCACUGAUCCUGGACUUUUCAAAAUCGAUCUGCACAGUGGGGAGAUCAGGACCCAGCGAGACAUUUCUGAUUCUGACAACAUGAAACAGAACAUCGCAGUCGCUGUAAAGGAUAACGGACAGCCCUCCCUCUCUGUUACAUGUUCCAUGUUUUUACUGAUUUCUGAUAACUUGGCUGACCUACCAGAACUGAAGGACAUGGCUUAUGAAGAUAGCAGUUCUAAAUUAACAUCUUAUUUGAUCAUCGCGCUGGUAUCCGUCUCCACCUUUUUCCUGACUUUCAUUAUUAUCAUUCUGGGAUUGAGGUUUUGUCGGAGGAGGAAGCCCAGACUUUUAUUUGAUGGAGCGGUUGCUAUUCCCAGCUCUUAUCUCCCUCCAAACUACGCAGAUGUGGACGGCACUGGAACUUUACGCAGCACAUACAAUUAUGAUGCGUAUUUAACCACUGGAUCUAGAACAAGUGACUUUAAAUUUGUCACAUCUUACAAUGACAACACACUGCCUGCAGACCAGACCCUGAGAAAAAAUCCAACAGACUUUGAAGAAGUGUUUGGAGACCUUGAUGUUUCCCCUGAGGUAGGCACCCUCUUGAGAUUAUUCUUGAUAUUUUCAGAGAUCCAACACAACAAUUGUUACUCUCUAAUUUUUCGUUGUUUUAGAUUUGCUCAUUGUUGAGCAUUUACGACACAG